AUGGCUACAUCCCCCCUCCCCAAUAACCUCCAUAUCCCCUUCCCCUCCAACCCCCUUCCCCACCACCCAUUACUCCUCUUCUCCCCCACCCCCAAAAUGAGCAAGCCCCCACUAACCUCCAUAGACCUCCUUGUUCCCAACACCCCUCUUCCCCCGAGCCCUCCUAAAACGAACACACCCACCUCCCACAAUAACAUCCAUACCCCAUCCUCUCUACCCUCUUCCCCCAUACCCCUCUUCACCCCACACCCUCAAAAUAUCAGCAACACCCCCUCCCUCAAUAAUCUCCAUACCCCUUCCCCCAACAGCCCCUACCCCUCUUCAUCCCCACCUCCAAAAUAUAGCAACACCCCUCCCUCAAGGGUCUCCAUACCCCUUCCCCAACACUCCCUAACCCUAUUCUCCCCACCUCCAAAAUAUAGCAACACCCCUCCCUCAAUAACCACCAUACCCCUUCACCCAACACCCGCUACACCUCUUCUCCCCCACCCCAAUAUGUGGCAACACAACACCCUCUGUAAUCUCCAUACAACCACCAAUACCCUCUCCUCGCCCCCCCUCGAAAAAAAAACAAAAAAAAGGGAGAGAGGAGUAGAUGGAACUCGCCAGCCACGCCUCGUCCCAUCCUUCAGCGUCAGGGUGACAGGAGGUCCCAUUUUUCGUCACCGCUGGCUGGGCCGUUUGAUUCCUAACAGACGGCAUCUCUCCUCCUCCUCCUCCUCCUACUCUUCGGCCGUUGGUGCGUUUGUUCGUUUCCCCUGGGUAUUUUAG